CAGCGGUCCGUGUGGAGGAGCAAGAUGGCGGCGCGGUGGAGGGGCGAGGACGGCGCUUUAAACCCCGGCGGUGGCGCCUUCCUGACCGGCAACACUCCCGCCGAGUUGGUGCUGUGUGGCGGUGACGUGGACGGCGUGGACAUGGACACACAGUCCUGUGUGGAUCAUUCUAUCCUGGCUAUUUUUGAAGAUUCCACUGCUGCAUCCGAGGGUAAGAUUGGAGCGGAGGAAAGUGCAACGCUGCUCUCUGCUCUGACUGAGAUGCUGGACAGCGUGGAGGAUGAUGACCACACUCUAUCUCCCUUCGACACCCUGCCGGACACGAAGCUCCUCAACCACACUGAACUCAGGGACACAUCAGUGGAACUAUCACUUGCUCACAGACUUAGACCAAGACUCAAACCGCCACAUGUGACAUUCACAGUGAAGAGUGACAGAGAAAAGGACCAGGAGAGCAAAGAAGAGAAAAAUAAUCUGUCGCAGAUAUUUAAAAAACAAAACCAGAUGUUGUUUCAACCAAAAACUAAGAAGGCAGAAGCUGAAGUCGAGGUUUUCACCGCCACUUCUCUGAUCAAUCUGGUGAGGAUCAUGCACCCGUACUGUCUGAAGCUGCACAUGGAGGAAGAAGGGGAUAAAGUGAGUAAAAAUAGCACCACAUUCUCCCAGGAAGAGGUGUGGAAGUAUGAAAGGCCCACUGAAGAGAGCGAUGAGGAGAUAAAUGUUGUGUCUGAUGAUGAGGCACCUGCAAAAGACACAAAGGAUGAAGACAAAGCAGAUGGGAAAAGAGAUAAAGGCCUGAAGAGCGCCUUGUUAAAUAGAAACUCACCCAGAGCUCCGACAUCCAGAGACAAGAAAAGAGUGAGCUUUGGUCCUGUUCAAGUGGCUUCGUUUGAUGACUCAGUGGAAGAGACACUGAAUGAGAGAAAUGUAACAAGUGGGAACACGAGUGAAACCGAGCCACUGAACAGCACGAAAGCACUUGAAAGUCCAGUAGGUUCAGCGCUUGAACAGCGAACAGUGUUCUCAGAGGUGAGUUGUACUAAGACCGAAGUUCAGAAACCUAAAAGGGAGACGAAGGCCAAAUCCCUCAGCCUCCAGCAGUACAGACAGCUGAGGCAGAAGAGGCUGCCCCUGUUGGAGAAGCAGGGGACCUACACCACCAAGUGGCCGUCGGUCUCUGAGCCGCCCAAGGAGCUUACCCCAAUCCUCUGUUUGCAGGGACAGAAACACAGCAGCUGUAGAUCAAAGACGACACAUCAUCAUCCAGAAACCCAUAAACCUGAUCACAAGACGUCGCCCCAUCGUUUCUCAGAGGCCAAGCUGUCUACUCGCAGCGGAUUGAAGCGUCUGAGGACCAAGUCGAAAGUCGUUUCGCCUGCGAGUCCGCUGCCAGACGUUGCAGCAAACCCAAACGUCAUCGUCCCAAAAAGCAAGAAGAGUCCAGCAAAGAAGCCGUUGCUGCUCAGUAGUGAUCCUCCAAAUCCUGUCCUGCUUCCUCUGCCAGUUCCUCAGAUGGCUUCACCGUCCGUUGCCUGCUCCAAGGUGGAGUUUAGCAGCAGAGAGUCCAGCCUGAAAGAAAUCCAAAAUGAAUCCUCAGCCGCAGCUCUUCAGAGACAGACGUUCUUCUCAGAACCAAAGCCCCAAAUGUCGUUACUGAACACAGACAACGCUGCACUGCUUCAAGAAAUACAGACAAAGUUCACCAAGAAUUCUCCAGAUGUCUUGUCUACAUCUCCAGCACAAACUGAAAAACUACAGCCUCAAAAAAGACUAACGAAAGAGGCCAACCCGCCACCGAAGAUUCCCCCAUCUGCAAGUCCUGAUUCAGUGAAACCAGGAAAGGGUCUGUCCAGUUGGCCUCCUCCUCCCGUAGAUCAUCCCACAUCGGUACAGGAGGAGCAACCAGAUGUUCCCCACAGAGUUUGUCCUCCUGAGGAAGCAGCUUCUGCUCAAACCAGCUGUAUAGUCCAGAGAGCAACAGUUGAUUCAGGAAUUGAAGCUCCUGAUCUGACCAGCCUGCUGGAACAAUUUGAGGAAACACAAGCUAAAGAUGAGAUCAUUUGUGAGCCCAAACCUGGAGUCUUGGAUCCGGACAGAACUCAUCCUACGGCUUCAGAUAAGAAUUCCAGAUUAAAGCCAUCUGUGGAACCAACUCAAUCUUUGAGCGCUUCAGUCACACCUGUACCACAAAACUCCCUCAGGAAUCUGCCAGAUCUCCAAACGUUAGACAGGGUAGUCAUCCCCGAACCUCUCUGCCCUGAAAUUAUCCUGAGCUCUCAGCAGGAUCAGCCCACAAGACGGAAAACUCCUCUGUCCAAAACCAUUCAGAUAAUCGACCCUCGUCCUCUACCGCCCAGGAGGACUCAUACAGAGCCGCCUGCCGCUCACACUUCUCCUCACAUGUACUUGCACAUUUCCUCUGAUCACGAUUAUUGUGGGUCUUUGGAUCAUCCUCACGGAAGUGCUUCUCAGCAUAGCAGAGUUAGGGAUGUUUCUACAACCGCUACUGAGCUGCAGGUGGUGAUUCAGGACUCAGCUGCUGCUUCUGAAGGCAAAAAACUGAUCUCAGCUGGACUAACAAAGUCUGAGCAAACCAGGACCAGAUCAGAACCAUCCACAGAUGAAGAUCUGCAGUUUUCAGACGAAAACGAAAACAAGAAACCGCAGUGCACCCUCCCUACGCCUCCACCCAGCCCUCUGGUCAGAGGGAGGGAGCGGACGAGAUAUCGGAGAAGAUCUCCACGCUCUGACUCAAGCUCCAGCUCUCGUUCCUCGUCAUCAUCGUCCUCCUCCAGCUCUGGAUCUCAAUCUUCGAAGAGACGAAGGCUCCAUCACAAGCAUUCAGAGAGCAGCUCAUGCUCCUCGUCGCUGUCUUACUCCCGCUCCCUUCCUCGCCGCUACAGGUUGUCUUACUCCAGCAGGUCCAGAUCCAGAUCCUGGUCCCGGUCCAGGUCUCCGUCCCAGUCCAGAUCUCCGUCCCCUCGGGUAUGCCGCAGACACUGGAGGGAUGUGUGCAACAGCCAGGAGUCCAGGAGGCUGAGGAGGGAACAUGAGAUAAGAAUUCAGAAACUUAAAGCCAUAGAUGAGCGCAGGGUCGUGUACGUCGGCCGAAUCCGUAAAUCAAUGACACACGAUGAGCUGAGAGAACGUUUCUCUCAGUUUGGAGUGGUGGAAUGUGUGUCACUUCACUUCAGAGAUCGAGGCGACCACUAUGGCUUUGUUACCUUCUACAACAUGGAAGAUGCUUUCGCAGCCAUCGACAACGGUGGCAAACUACGGAAGCCUGAUGAGCUGCCGUUUGACAUCUGCUUUGGUGGAAGGAGGCAGUUCUGCAACUCUGACUACGCUGAUCUAGAUGCGAACAGAGACACAGCUCCGUCACCGUCCAAGAGCCGAUAUGAGGAUCUUGACUUUGAUUCGCUGCUGAAACAGGCUCAGAGAGGAAUAAAGAGGUAGCAGCGCCUCUGGAGAACAAUAACGCCAGUCUGGAUGUGCAGAACAAAGAGAUGUGACCUCAGAGCGAUGUGCUCAUACUCAUGUAGCAAAAUUUUUGAUGUUUUUUUUUUUUCCCCCAUGUUUUCACUUUUAAUACGCUGUAAAUGCAUGUAGUUUGGAUGUGUAAAGUUUAUAUGUACAAUUAAGUAGCACUCUUAUAUGCAUGCAGUUUUAGAUGUACAAAGCAAAUUUGUAUAAACUCUCAAUUUGAAAACAAAAUUUUUGUUGCAUUCCAUAGCACUGAUGAAGUUUUCUAUAUUGAAAUAAAGGCUGUUUAUUGGAUUUAUUUCCAGUUA